CGCCAUUUCCAUUUCUUCGUCUCCUCCUCCCUCGCUUUCUCUCUCCUAGGGUUAGGGUUUUUGCGGAGCUUUGUGUGUGCCUUUUUAACUCUCUGAUCCAUCAAUGGCGCAACCGGAGGUUCAGAAUGGUGGAGCUGAGAAGGCAGCAACUGUGGUGUCGUUCUCCGCUGUGAAGCCGCAGAUACUGGUGGAGGCGCCGAAGGCAAACGACGCUGUUCAGUUCUAUAAGGCUGCAUUUGGUGCCGAGGAGGUUGGCCGUACAACUCAUCCGAAACGCAAGGCUGAGCAAGAGCUCCCUCUCAUCCUCUCUGCUGAGCUGAAGCUCGCCGGCGUCACCAUCCUCGUCUCUGACCUCUUGGCCGACGAUUCUGCUGCUCCGGCGAAGAGUGUUGGCAACGGUGUCGUUUUGUGCCUGGAGACGGAGGAGGUAGAAGCUGCCAUUAACAAGGCGGUUGGCGCCGGAGCUGUUGCGGAAGGCGAGAUCGUGUCUGGGGAGGGCGCGUGCUGCGGGGAGAGCGUGGGCAAGGUGAAGGACCCGUUUGGCUUCGUGUGGGCCAUCUGCUCGCCAGGAAAGAAGUGCGCUAACACAGAAGCUGAAGCCUGAGAUGAGAAAAUAGCAGUUGGACGCUCUGAUUUUAACUGUUUCUGAUCUGAGUCCGCUUCUAGCCGUUAGGAUUAGCCGUUAGACCCUUCUCUGGGCGUAGUAUUAAUAUUUUGAAUAGCCUAUGGACCAUUGAACUUCAUGAAUUAUGGACUUUUUGAAUACUCUUAACUGACACCUGGCAGUUAAUGAAGUAGACUUAAAUUUUCUCGUUCUGAUGGGUUAAACUAGUUUUAUUAAUAUAUCAUAUCCUUUGUUUCUGCU